AUGGCAAUCGCCGCAAUGUCCCGCUGUGCCGCCGCCUCCCUCUCCUGGUCGUACUCGCGCGUGCCGUCCCCCACCACCUUCUCCCCCGCGUCCUGCAUCGUCAGGUCGAGGGUCGUGUGCACCUGCAGCCCGCCCCGCACCACCUCCUCCCGCCCGUACCUCUGCGCCAGCUCGUAUAACACCUGGGUGGGGCGGGGGGGGUGGGGGGAAGGGCGUGGGGGGGAGGGGAAAGGCGUGAGGGAGUGGGCGGAGACCGUGAGGGAGAGGGGGAUGGGCGUGAGGGGGCAGGGAGGGAAGAGAGGCAGAGCGAGCUCCAACCCACUCAGGGCUCGUCCUUCACACGUGCCAUUCCCCACCCACCUUCACACGUGCCAUUCCCCACCCACCUUCACACGUGCCAUUCCCCACCCACCUUCACACGUGCCAUUCCCCACCCACCUUCACACGUGCCAUUCCCCACCCACCUUCACACGUGCCAUUCCCCACCCACCUUCACACGUGCCAUUCCCCACCCACCUUCACACGUGCCAUUCCCCACCCACCUUCACACGUGCCAUUCCCCACCCACCUUCACACGUGCCAUUCCCCACCCACCUUCACACGUGCCAUUCCCCACCCACCUUCACACGUGCCAUUCCCCACCCACCUUCACACGUGCCAUUCCCCACCCACCUUCACACGUGCCAUUCCCCACCCACCUUCACACGUGCCAUUCCCCACCCACCUUCACACGUGCCAUUCCCCACCCACCUUCACACGUGCCAUUCCCCACCCACCUUCACACGUGCCAUUCCCCACCCACCUUCACACGUGCCAUUCCCCACCCACCUUCACACGUGCCAUUCCCCACCCACCUUCACACGUGCCAUUCCCUCACCCACCUUCACACGUGCCAUUCCCCACCCACCUUCACACGUGCCAUUCCCCACCCACCUUCACACGUGCCAUUCCCCACCCACCUUCACACGUGCCAUUCCCCACCCACCUUCACACGUGCCAUUCCCCACCCACCUUCACACGUGCCAUUCCCCACCCACCUUCACACGUGCCAUUCCCCACCCACCUUCACACGUGCCAUUCCCCACCCACCUUCACACGUGCCAUUCCCCACCCACCUUCACACGUGCCAUUCCCCACCCACCUUCACACGUGCCAUUCCCCACCCACCUUCACACGUGCCAUUCCCCACCCACCUUCACACGUGCCAUUCCCCACCCACCUUCACACGUGCCAUUCCCCACCCACCUUCACACGUGCCAUUCCCCACCCACCUUCACACGUGCCAUUCCCCACCCACCUUCACACGUGCCAUUCCCCACCCACCUUCACACGUGCCAUUCCCCACCCACCUUCACACGUGCCAUUCCCCACCCACCUUCACACGUGCCAUUCCCCACCCACCUUCACACGUGCCAUUCCCCACCCACCUUCACACGUGCCAUUCCCCACCCACCUUCACACGUGCCAUUCCCCACCCACCUUCACACGUGCCAUUCCCCACCCACCUUCACACGUGCCAUUCCCCACCCACCUUCACACGUGCCAUUCCCCACCCACCUUCACACGUGCCAUUCCCCACCCACCUUCACACGUGCCAUUCCCCACCCACCUUCACACGUGCCAUUCCCCACCCACCUUCACACGUGCCAUUCCCCACCCACCUUCACACGUGCCAUUCCCCACCCACCUUCACACGUGCCAUUCCCCACCCACCUUCACACGUGCCAUUCCCCACCCACCUUCACACGUGCCAUUCCCCACCCACCUUCACACGUGCCAUUCCCCACCCACCUUCACACGUGCCAUUCCCCACCCACCUUCACACGUGCCAUUCCCCACCCACCUUCACACGUGCCAUUCCCCACCCACCUUCACACGUGCCAUUCCCCACCCACCUUCACACGUGCCAUUCCCCACCCACCUUCACACGUGCCAUUCCCCACCCACCUUCACACGUGCCAUUCCCCACCCACCUUUCUCCUCCGCAUCCAGCAUACACACCUCUCACCUCGCUGA